AUGGAUUUGUAUUUUUCAGACUGCUCUACCCUGCGAGGUCCCAAUGCAGUGAGGGGUCUGAAUGGAGGCUCUUUGACUGUGCAGUGCCAGUAUGGCCCAGGGUAUCAGACCUACAUCAAGUGGUGGUGUCGAGGAGCUGAAUGGGUUUCUUGCAAUAAGUUUGUGAAAACCACUGGAUCAGAGCAAGAGGUGACGAAGAGCCGUGUGUCCAUCAGGGACAAUCAUAAAAACCGCAUAUUCACUGUGACCAUGGAGAACCUCAGGGAAGACGAUGAGGACAUCUACUGGUGUGGGAUUGAGAGAACUGGAGUUGACCUCGGAUUGAAGGUUAAAGUGUCAGUUGACCCAGACUCCAGUUCUGAGAGCUCUGGAAGGACCAUGCCCAGCAUGACCAGGCAGGAGACCGCUGCUCCCAGACAACACCUGAAGUUCAGCAGCAUUCACUUCCUGCUCCUGGUCUUACUGAAGGUGCCCCUGUUCCUGAGCAUGCUCGGUGCUGUCCUCUGGGUGAACAGAUCCCAGAGAGUCCCUGUUUGGGGAGGUUGGGUCAUUCCACAUAUGAGAACCAGUAGCUCUGGUGUCCAGGAUGCCUUGUCCACAAAGACCAACUCUCAGGUGGAAUCAGGAUAA